UUCGGUAGAGUGGGGUCGUGCUUGAAUAUCCAAACAUAACUAUCCAAAUGUUAGCGGAGAUUUCACUUGUAUAUAAAAAUGCAUUAUUUAGGGGUGACGGCCUUCUCUGUGUUCGUCAUACUGAACCACGAGUUUUACGGUGUAUUCGGUGGCCAAAUAUGUAAAAAAAUACCAGACAUCGCCUGCCCUCAAAGCAUUUCCGCACACACCGGGACCUUGGUGCAGCUUGUUCCCAAGUAUCUAACUCGUGAUCAGCCUGAAGAUGAAGUCAGAACAGUACCGGCGAUGAGAGAUAAAGUCAACCUAUACUGCGCACAUCCAGCUUGUUACUCAAACCCGUGCCUUAACGAAGGAACGUGUAUGGAGGAACUAUUUGGAUAUAGCUGCUCUUGUGUCCGAGGAUACGGUGGGACACAUUGCGAAGAAAAUAUCGCUUGUAACUCAAACCCGUGCCUUAACGGAGGAACGUGUACGGAGGAACUAGUUGGAUAUAGCUGCUCGUGUGUCCAAGGAUACGGUGGGACACAAUGCGAAGAAAAUUUAACUUGUAACUCAAACCCGUGCCUUAACGGAGGAACGUGUACGGAGGAACUAGUUGGAUAUAGCUGCUCGUGUGUCCAAGGAUACGGUGGGACACAUUGCGAAGAAAAUUUAACUUGUAACUCAAACCCGUGCCUUAACGGAGGAACGUGUACGGAGGAACUAGUUGGAUAUAGCUGCUCGUGUGUCCAAGGAUACGGUGGGACACAUUGCGAAGAAAAUUUAACUUGUAACUCAAACCCGUGCCUUAACGGAGGAACGUGUACAGAGGAACUAGUUGGAUAUAACUGCUCGUGUGUCCAAGGAUACGGUGGGACACAUUGCGAAAAAAAUUUAACUUGUAACUCAAACCCGUGCCUUAACGGAGGAACGUGUACGGAGGAACUAGUUGGAUAUAACUGCUCGUGUGUCCAAGGAUACGGUGGGACACAUUGCGAAAAAAAUCUAAGUCACAUGACCAAGGUCACAGGUCAAUGA